GUGCCGCCACUGCAACUGUGCCCAGCGGAUAAAAUGACUGCUUUUGGGGAGCGCAAACACUAGAGAACCAGUUCAGUGAGACUCCUUGGGUUCUGCACAGUGCGGUAUUUGGCAGUCUGAAGGCUGCUUAGUGGAACCACGUGACCGAGGUUUCCAGGGGCAGAGGCGUUUUCCUCUGCAGGCGGGUCUAGUGCGCAUGCUCCGGCGUGGGCUCCCAGUCUUUCGACCCCGCAGCUGGACGUCGAGCUUCUUCCUCUUCUUCCCCCCACACCGCCCCUGGCACAUUUUCCACAUUUGUUCGAGGUUGAGCCGCGUUACCGAGAGCUCACGCGCAGCGCCCCGGCCAGAUGUCUCCAGGUUCCACGCAGCUAAAUUAGCCUUUUGUGUCCCACCUCAAAGGCUUCGGACAACGCGCUUUUUUUGGAGGGACGAGGAAACAGAGAAGUCCACGAUGCUUGGACUCCAGGGAAAUCUGCCCCCGUCCUCCAAAAUGUACCGUUGCGUGGCAUGUUCGGCAACCUUCAGCGGGCUGGCGGCCUUGCUCGUACACCAGGCCACGCAUGCCAACAUGCUCCCCAAGGUCAUUGCCCCUCCUCCGACGCAGCCCGAGAUGAGCGCGGAGGGCGCUUUGGCGGCAAACCUUAAGUCGACGAAUCCGUCGGCGUCAUCUGACGGCGCGUCGUCUUUUUACAUCUGUGAUUGCGGAGAGGAAUUUCACGACUUCUGUCUCAUGCUUGAGCAUAAGCAAUCGCAUGAUUCUCAGUUAAAGUCGCUCCAAUUGACAGAUGGUAAAGUCCUCCCAAGCGCCGUAUUGUCUACUGACGAUUCUCCAAAUCCGAGUGUAAAGUUAAAGCCGAGUGUAGCAAAGGCAGAUUCGGUCCAGAGUUGCGGCUCCACGUCGGGUUCUCCACCUUUUGCACGAGAGGUUGAAGCCCGUGAAAGACUGAAAGAUAGCAAUGUUGUUUCAUCAGCUCCUCUUGAGCAAUCGUCCCCCUCUACUUCAGAUUCCUCACCUGUUAAAAAAGAGCUUGAAGCCAUUGAUAGACCAAAAGAUAGCGAAGUUGUUCCAUCAACUCCUCUUGAGCAAUCUAGAACCCCCCAAGAAACUGAUGAACAACAUGACCAGACAUCUGCAACUACUGAGCCAACGCCGGAGACCGAAAGGGAUUCACAGUCUGUUCACAGCAGUGACAACGAGGAACGACUGACGAGAAAUAACAAAUUAAUGAAAAUACUAGCAUCGGCCUACAUGAAGCACACCCCUGUCCCUCCGUCACCCAUAGACGGUAGUAAUUACAUGAUCACGCCCAAACAAGAAGCUGUCCCAGUUGAUAUAACGCCAGGUAAAGAAUUUGGAGAGUCGCCAGUCAACGAUCUCUCUGUAGCAAAGUUGAGGCGACUGCUCGCGAAGAGCAGCGUCAAGACAAAAGCUCCCACCAUCAGCCGAAUUAUCGACUCCAGCAGGAAGAAGAUAGUUUCCCUGACCAAAGUGCUGUCACCCGUCGUGGUUCUCGAAACCCGUCAGAAACUCAGAGAUCCCAGUAAUAGCGCCCUCUUUGGCCGAUAUCAAUGCGGCCGCUGUCGUCGGACCUUUCCGAGCUCCGACAGACUGACCGAGCAUCACUUCUUGCACAAGAAGGAGCGAAUUAAAUGUUGCCGUCGCUGCAAACAACUCAUCAUCGGCAAGCUGCCCUUCACCGACAAUCACGUCUGCAUUCCGUCGAUGAAAAAGCCCGAGCAUCUGCCGAGUGCGUUGCCGCUAGUCCAAAAAAAGAUCCCAUUCCAUAGCUUUAACAAUACAAAAAAAUCUUUCUACUGUCCCGUAUGCAAGCACAACUAUGCUCGCAGGUACAACCUGAAGAAGCAUAAGUGUCAUGGCCCCAAGGCGUCCCCCCCUCAGACCAAUCCUUCCGCUGACAGAUUGCUGGUAUUAAGAUCAAGUAAUAAAGCGAGCGCAUACAGGGAUGGUCAAGGUGAGCAUGAAACGGGCGCCGUUUCUGUCUCCACUGAAGCCCCUCGUGUCAAAGUCGAGGUCACGUCCACCACUCCUGAGCAGUCUGAAAUGUCAGACAUUUCCUGGUGUGGCUUCGCCAAAAGCUUCCCACCGUUUUUGUCCAAGUCUUCCAUGACGGACACGCAUCAACACGGCCCCGGCCCCGGCGGUGCGAUGGAGAACAAUUGCUCGGACGCAGCGUCGGUGCAUAACGAGAGCAGCAACGAAGGCCAGUGGACAAUGCCCUUGGACGAUGACACGGAGCUCGUCGGUUCCCAGAAUGCUGCUAACGACUCUGAGAUGGACCUGGAGUCAAACCUGAGCUAUUUUGUCAGAGAUGGUGUAAAACGUUACCCUUGUCCCAGGUGUCAGAAAACAUACAGCCGACCGUCUACUCUGGCCCGCCAUCUGCGGCUCUGCGGAUUCCGGCCUCGGGGGCUGGCACAGUUCUCGCACGGCGCGGGUUACGGCGGCGUUUCCCAAAACAGCGGCGCCAAACCCACCUUUGCUUGCUUUGUCUGCGGGAGAAACUUCAACCGCAAAGACAACAUGAUGGUUCACAGGCGAAGGUGCCAGAUGCAGAUGCAGAGGACAGAGUCGAAAGAGCCGUUGCAGCACAAUUUGCCGGGAGGUGCAAAAGCAAUUCCAGAUAAUGACGCAAACAACUGGGACGUCAUGUCACUGCCAUCUGUGCUACCCAGGAGAGUGACGUGCGAGUGUGGGGUUGGAUUUACAUCUCCCAGACUCCUCCUGGAGCAUCUCCAAAAGCACGCGCAAGAAUCCUACACAUGUCCAACGUGCGGAGAGACCGUUAACUCUUGGGCCGACUACGAGGUCCACCUGCAGAUUCACAUGCAUCCUCAUCACCAGCUGCUGAAGGGACUCCAGACACAGCGAUCGCAACCCCUGGUGCUAAGGAUCCAGCAUCAGCCGCAGCACCACCAGCAGCCACCUCCUCCACCGGUGCAUAAGCCUUUGCAGCAGGAACCGGUCCCCGAGCGCUCAAACGUUGACAAAAAGCAGCGCGUUAUAUGCACGCGAUGCGGCAAUACCUUUGCCACCAGGUGCUCCCUUCGACGGCACUUAUCCUGGGACCGGUGCAAAGGCGGACGCCCUCAAAACACUCCCAAGUCGUACCGCUGUUCCCGCUGCAGCUCCGAGUUCCCCAACAUGGUCAGUCUUCUGUUUCACCAGAGGAGCGGCGCCUGCAAGCCUACCAUCAAGCCCGUGCGCUGUCCCGUUUGUCUCCGUUGGUUCGGCACCGUGGACGGUUUGCAGAAGCACCUGCUGACCCACAAGCAGUCGGAAUCCCACCGCUGCGACAUCUGUCAGUGUUCAUACCCGAGUCUGAAAUCACUGAGAACCCAUCGCAGAAGGGUGCAUAACGUCAUGGUGGCGGAACUUUUGGCUUAAUAGCGUUUUAUUUUUAGCGUUUUUGUUAACUGUGACGCGAUGCCGCAGUUUGAUCUUGUACCUGCUUUGCGGUAACGCGGGAGGGGAAAGAAACACUAGUUUUAUAGCAGGUUGCUGCUGCGUAAUUAACUGUAGUUUUGUCAAGUUCAGUCCUGUUUUUCAAAGGAUGUACAGAGUUGCACUUGAAAUUUUAUCCAAUAGUUGUACUGUAGCUUGUUCUGGUGUUGCGAAAUAUACGACUUCCAUCAUCAUGG